GUGCCUCGCUGCCUCAUGUAUGAGAUUUAUGUGGAGACCUGUGGGCAAAAUGCCCAAAACCAAGUCAACCCAGCCACGUUUGGGAAGCUCGUGCGUUUGGUUUUCCCUGAUCUUGGCACCCGGAGACUAGGCACGAGAGGAAGUGCCAGGUAUCAUUAUGAUGGAAUCUGUAUCAAGAAAAGUUCUUUCUUCUAUGCCCAGUAUUGCUACCUUCUGGGCGAAAAAAGAUAUCACAGUGGAGACGUUGUUGCCUUUGAAAAAUCUACUAAUUAUGACAGCAUUACCCAACAAGAAGGAACAAGUGAAAAUCAUUCACCAAUAAAGACAGACCCAGCUGGACCAGCCGUGCCUGAAUUCAGGAGAUGUCCAUUCUGGGAACAGGAACUGGCGAGGAAGCACCCCUACGACAUGAUGGCCUUUCUUGCUGACGAAUACUGCAACUAUUGUCAAGACAUUUUACAGAACGUGGAGGACUUGCUUACUUCCUUCUGGAAAUCUCUGCAGCGGGAGACAGUGGUGCUUAUGUCAUUGCCUGAUGUGUGCCAGCUCUUCAAAUGCUACGAUGUACAGAUGUACAAGGGGAUCGAGGACGUCCUCCUUCAUGACUUUCUGGAAGAUGUUUCUAUUCAAUACCUGAAAUCUGUCCGGUUGUUUAGUAAGAAAUUUAAGCUGUGGCUGCUUAAUGCUUUGGAAGGUUUUCCAGCCCUUUUGCAGAUCUCCAAACUCAAAGAAGUCACUGUGUUUGUCAAAAGACUAAGAAGAAAGACAUACCUUUCCAACAUGGCAAAGACCAUGAGAAUGGUGCUGAAAAAUAACACGAGGGUCAACAUUCUGAAGUCGGACCUGCACGCCAUUGUGGACAUGUCUGAGAAAGCCCUGCCAAGCAGCCUGAGCGGAAUGGACGACCCGGCGAGGAACAUGGAGAUAAAAUGUUUAAGCAAUUUAAUUUCGUUGCUGGGGACGUCCACAGACCUCAGUGUGUUCCUGAAUUGUCUAUCUUCAAAUCUUCAAGCACUUGUCUUCCAGCCAAGCAGAAGCAAAGAGGAGUUCAUCAAAUUGGCCGCCAGCUUCCAACUAAGAUGGAAUUUCCUCCUCACGGCUGUAAGCAAAGCCAUGACCCUCUGCCACAGAGACAGUUUUGGCUCCUGGCAUCUGUUUCAUUUGCUGCUUGUGGAAUAUGUGAUUCAUAUACUGCAGUCGUGCAUAGAAGAGGAAGAGGAGGACGACGACGUGGGGAGUCUCCAGGAGAUGCCACCAGAUGACCAUUCUCUUGUCCGGCCAGACCAAGCACCUUUCCAUCCUCCAGAGUCUCCACCAUCUCAGGACCACAGAAGCCUGAGUGUGGAUCCACCUCGUGCAGUGCUGACACACAUGACCCAGAGCUGGUGCCCCGCAGGUGUGAGCGGCGUGGUUCUUGGGGUCCUGGGCUUCCUGGUGGACACGGCCACAGGCGAGAAGCUCAUCCAGGUAUUAUUGGAAGACAAAGCCACCGAAAGCACAGUCAAACUCAGCCUUCCUGUGGGACAAGAAGCCCUCGUCACCUUAAAAGAUGGACAAAAAUUUGUGAUUCACAUAUCGGAUGUACCCCAAAGCUCUGGAAAUAUUUAUUUCAGGGAAAACAAUGCUAAUAAGUAA